ACACGGCAAGAGCUCUCACGCAGCCGCGCGCAUAGAUCGAUAGAAAUAAUAAUCGAUAGCCAUGGCAGCCAUGGACGCUACUAAAGUUGCAGGGUGCUUUAAGGACAGGACCAUCCUCGUCACCGGCUCUACUGGCUUCCUAGCAAAAUUGGUAGUGGAGAAGAUCCUGCGAGUUCAGCCGGACGUUAAGAAGCUCUAUCUGCUGGUGCGAGCGCCGGACAACGCGGCCGCCCGGCAGCGCGUGCUCCAUGAGAUUCUAGGCAAAGAGCUCUUCAAUGUCCUGCGGGCAAAACAUGGAGCUGAUUUCCACUCUUUCAUCCAAGAGAAGAUAUCCUCUCUAGCCGGAGAUGUUGCGCAUCAGAAUCUUGGACUUGAAAACACCCGAGCUCAACAAUUAUUCGAGGAGAUCGACAUUAUCGUCCAUGGAGCUGCAACCACCAAUUUUUAUGAGAGGUAUGAUGUUGCUUUGGCGUCGAAUACCUUCGGAACCGCGCAUAUAUGUCAAUUUGCAAGACAAUGUUCUCACCUCAAAUUGCUCCUUCAUAUUUCUACUGCUUAUGUAGUCCGUUUGCAAAAAGGCCAACUAUUGGAGAAACCACUCGAGUUGGGUCAACCGCUAAAGAAGGGUCGCCACUUGGAUAUUGAAGCAGAGCUCAAGUUAGCCAACGAGUUCAGAGCAAAGUUUAUGAAGGACCACUCUGGUGCUGAUAGCUCACAAAAGUUAGAAAAGGUAGCCAUGAAGGAACUUGGCUUCAAGAGGGCUAAGUAUUUUGGGUGGCCUAACACCUAUGCAUUCACUAAAGCUAUGGGGGAAAUGUUGCUUGGCGCCAUGAGAGGAGACCUCCCUGUUGUCAUAGUACGACCAAGCAUGGUAAUAAGCACUUUCGAAGAUCCAUUUCCCGGAUGGAUAGAAGGAAUCAGGACAAUGGAUGCCCUUAUUGUUGCUUCCUACGAGCAAAGGCUUCCAUGUUUCAUUACUGGUUCAGUACUUGAUUCGAUUCCGGGAGACAUGGUGGUGAAUGCUAUGAUGGUAGCGAUGGCAACUCACUACAAUGAUGUGGGAGCUCAAGUAGUUUACCAUGUGACCUCGGCACUCCAAAAUCCUCUAUCAUGCAAUCUUCUAGGGGAAUCAAUAUAUGCAUAUUGUUUGAUCAAUCCUCGUGUGAGGGAUGACAAAAGGACCAUUAUUCAACAUAAAAGGCCUAUAUUGUUUAGUAGAUAUGCAUAUUUCUAUACAUAUGUGGUUCUAGCUUAUAAAACACGAUUGCAGGUGCUUUAUGCAGUGAACUAUUUGUUACUUCGCGGGCGCCUCACAGAGUACCACAGUAAACUCAACCGAAGCUUGAAUUACUUGAUGUCUACGGCGAAAUUUUAUGCCCCAUAUAUCUUCUUUAAGGGCUGCUUUGAUGACACAAACCUGAGAACGUUGUGGGGGACAACAGGCGCAAGGCAUGGUGAUGGAUACAUAUUUAACUUUGAUUCCAGCUGCGUCGACUGGAGGCUUUAUUUAUUCAACACCCACAUACCGGCUGUUCUCAAGGUGGCUGCAGACAUGAAGAAACAAGGUAGAGCAUGAAAUGCAUUGAUAGAUCUUUUCUGAUGGAUCGGAGAUCCUUUGCUACAUAAAUUACACUAUACUAGUGUUGUUACCGGCUAUUAUAUAUAUGUAUUUGAAUCCUUUAGUUAUAGAUGAAUAAAGCUGCAUGUCGAUCGAGCCGCAUCACUUCGGCCGCCGAAUUGAUAUAUAUUACUAUGGAUAUAAUUGUAAUAUCUACAUCUCAACAGCUAUAAUAAAUCGUGCAACCAGCUUU